AUGAUAACCCCAAUUACAAAAGAGUGCAUUUACAAAUGGGCCAACAUUGUCAAAUCCAAACCAAUGAUGAUCAAAGAUACGUUUUCAAUCGGGAAAUACAACAACCUAACGAAUUUGUUAAACAGUAUCUUGCAAAUCAAUCAUCAUCCACCAAUUAAUAAAUCAUGGUUUCAAGGGUUCCACUUUUUGUUCAACAACCAAUUGAAUAUAAAAUUGGGCAGUGACGGGUAUGACAAUUAUCAAGCACCAGUAAACGAACAAGGUGAACAACUUUAUUUGCGUCGGAUGUGGGCUAGAGGUGAAUUAGAUUUUGUGUCAACGCCCCCUCUAAACUCACCCAUUGACUGCAGAGAAAGCUUGAAAUCAGUUCGAAUAAUUGAUGAAUCAGUGCUAGUGAGUAUAUGGAGAAAUUUCAUAUUCCAGUCUGAAGAAGUUUUGAAAGAAAGUCGAACUUUAACUUAUACCAAUGAAUUAUAUAGUCCAGUGGAAAACUACAAACUUGCAGAAAGCGUAUCCUCCAACGGGCCUUCAUUUCAUGUAUCGAGUAUUGACUUAUUAAAGUAUAGUAUGUUGACGUACAACCUCCAUAAAAUUCAUAUUGAUGCUAAUUAUUGUCGUUCCAUUGAAAAUUUACCGAACAUGAUAGUGCAUGGCCCAUUACAAGUUACAUUAUUACUAUACUGGUUUGCUAUAACGUAUCCAGAUUUGAAGCCAGUUAAUUUCAAAUAUCGCACCUAUGCUCCAAUGUUUGUUAAUGAUGAAACGUCAAUACUGAUUGAAUCUAAGUCCAAUAAUUCAUUUACACUUGAAAUUUAUAACCAAGAGUCUAAAAAGCUUUACUUACGUGGUGAUCUAACAGCCACUUUGUCAACAUGA